AAGCCUUUUGCCUUUCGUGUACGCUUGAAUCUAUUCAUGUUUUCUUCUAUUUUAAUAAAGUUAUAAUUUAUUAAAAAAAAAAAACCAUAGCUUGUAUGUUUGAAAAAUUGCACAAGUAAUCACGAGCUCCAACUCAAAAACUCUUUUAAGAGGCAACACAAGUAAAAAUCUACCUAAAAAUGCAUGGCGAGAGAAAAUAAUAAAUUUAAAAUAUUUCGUACUAAAUAAAAAAAACACCAUGAUAUGAUGUUACUGUUAUAUUUCUGACUUUUUCCAACAUAAUCGCCCUACGUGAUCACUUACGAGUUACGAGUCGUGGUAUCUGAACCGGACCGGCUCGGCUCGAAUAGGCAGAAGAGAGGAAAAGCCUCAGGCAUGGCGACAUCGGCGUCGAAUUUAAUCCGGCGACUCUCGACUCAUUUGCCUCGUCCUCUCCUCCAUUCCUUCUCCCUCGGCCCCUCGCUCGCCCCCUCCAUUCCCCGCUUCUCCUUCGGCGCCUCCGUGGAACUCAUGGCCGUUCCCAAGAAGAAGGUCUCGCGGCAUAAGAAAGGGUUAAGAAAUGGACCGAAAGCGCUGAAACCUGUCCCAGUGAUCAUCCGUUGCAUGAGUUGUGGUCGGGUGAAGCUGCCACACUUCUACUGUUGCAGUGGAGAUAGAGGCAACAGUUCUUCCGUCUGAUUAGCAGUUCUUUAAGCUAAUUAGCCACAAGGUCAUCUUUGAUAAAGCACUUGGCUAUAUGGAACGAUGGAGAUCAUCCUAUUGCCUGCCAUGCUAAUAUUAGAAUUAGUCGCAGCUAGUUGAACUUGAUGCAAAAGCUUGAAUUGCACCAAAUAUAUCCAAACUAUGUCCACAUCCUUUUUGUUUAAUUUGUUUUUUUGACUCCAAGUUGCCUAUCUUCCCUGCAAGUUUAUUGAUGUAUAUUUUUGAGAAAAAGGUUAGUAAGGGUAUUGCUUUUAUGUUUAGGUUUUAAACUUUUAAUUGCUAAGCAAUAUCAUGAAACUGGGGGCAUAGAAUUCAGUUUGAGUCCAUAAAAGAUAUGCUGAUUGUGGAUUUUUUUUGUGAGA